AUGAAAGAUUAUAAUAAUACAAAUGUUGGGUCGAUUAAACCGGUUAUUUAUUAUAAUAAAAGAUUUCAUUAUGUGGAAGAAGAUACUGCAGUGAAAUUUCAUUUCGAUACCGAUUAUGCAUUAUUCCAAAUUUAUAGAUUAAAGGGUACUAAAAAUGAUUUUGUCGAAGCUAUUACUAGUUUAGCUGGUCCGGCGAGUGCUGUAGCAUUCCUUAAUGAUUUUGAAAGAACUUAUCCAAGGCAUUCUGAUCAUAGAAUAGAACUUAGAGUCAAUUCACCUAUUGAACAAUCCAAUACCGAUAGAUUAAAGAUAAAAAUAAAGUUUAGUAAUAUAUCCCAUAUGAGUUUAAUGGAAGCAUUUCGAACCUCCCCGGUCAUUGAACGCCUUACUGAAAAUGGUUUCGCUGAUUGGGUUCCACUGGACAGUUCAAGUUACGAAUGUAUCAUGAAAAUGAUGCAAGCAUCAUCUCAUGAAAACAAAAUGACAAAAACUGAAGAUUGGAAUUAUUCUAUUUUACGCACUCUAAGUGAUCCUAUUGAUUCGGUAUUAUUGGAUGUAGCAUUAGAUUAUUUGAUGGACGAUUUAGAAAUUGGUACAUUCGAAAAAUUGUUCCCUGGACCAGUCAUGGACGUUGACCGAGGUGUAAACGGUAUUCUCAUGACCGUGUUACUAACUAAAGAAAGGCACUCUUUUGAUGAGGAUUUAGGCAAAAUAUUUAUUGAAGUAUUGAACUCUUUGAUUCAUGACAGAAGAGUUGAAAAAAACUUUGAUAAGAGAAUAUACGAUUCGUAUUUCUCAUUGAUAGUUCGCAUAUUUAAUUUGAUACGUGAUUUAAUUCAUCUAAAUGAGAUUUAUGAAGAUUUUCAUUCGCCUACUGUAUGCCCUCUACUAUCAGGCUCAAUCAAAUAUAUGAAAAUCAAAUACAUUGAGACUCUAACAGAUCUCGAAAAAACCCUUACUGAUAUAGGGUUUGAUAAAUUUGAAGGCAUGUUAUAUUAUUAUAUUAUUAAUCGACUUCAAGAACUUACUAUGAUGGUACGCGAGAUAGAUCGUAACCUAGACAGCGCAUAUAAAAAUUUACAAAAUGAUAUAGAGAAAUGGAAGAAACGUAAAAACGUGGCAAAUUGCUUUUACAUUUUAUCAAUCCUUAUAGCUAUAGCUUUUCCUUCAAUUUAUCAUUAUUACCUACAAACUGAUAAUCCUCCUUUUGGAUUUGUAACGACAGUAAUUGGUUGUGUUAUAAGUCUAUUAUUUGCACUUUGGCAUGGCUGGUCACGUAACAGUUAUAGCAAAGCAAUACAAUCCCACAGAAAAGCAAUACCUGUUCAUGGGGCAGUGGCAAAUAGCAUAGAAUCAUUACAAAGAUGGUUAAAUAGAAUUUCUGUUGUGAAAAAAUGUAAAGUACCAAUGAAUAAUAAUGAGUUAGCAGAUAGAAAAAUUACCUUGGUUUAUUUAUUUGAUGAGCUAGUAUCCGCAGCUGCUGAUAUGAGAUUGAGUAUUGGAUUGGAAGAUGAGUUCAAAAG